AUGAGUGGUGAAUCUCAAAAUGAAAUGAUCUCUUUAAUUGGAUCAGAGGUACGUAGUUUGAUAAUUGAAGAAAUUAAAGAAUGUUUAUUUUUUUCGAUAAUGGCUGAUACGACACCUGAUUUAUCUCAUAAGGAUAUACUCUCCCUGGUAAUACGUUAUGCCGACAAUAAGGGUAAUAUUCACGAAAGGCUUAUUAAGACCGUUGAAUUUUGCCAUAAAUCCGGACUGGGUAUGGCCGAGUUGUUAAUUAAAUGCCUAAGUGAGUUGGAAAUAGAUAGUUCUAAACUUGCUUUUCAAUCAUAUGAUUUUGCUAGUAACAUGUCCGGUCGUUUUAAUGGCGUACAAAAAAAAAUUACAGAUAUCGUCGAGCACAAUGUACCUUACAUUCCCUGUCAAGAUCACAGGACUAAUACAGUGCUUGAACAUGCUUGUAACGUAAGUGCAUUGAUUAGAAACUUUUUUGACACUCUUGAAGAACUUUACGUAUUUUUUACAUCAAGCACAAAAAGAUUUAAACACCUGCAAGAAAAAAUACAAGAAAUAGAUAAAUCAGUUCAACUUAAAAACCUUUCAAGAACCAGAUGGACUGCAAAGGCAGACUCAGUCAGAGCUCUUAACCAAACAGUAGAUCAAAUUAUUGAAGUUCUAUCAGACAUUUCCAAAAAUAGAGAAUUUGAUGGUUCUACAAGAACUAAAGCAUUGGGACUUUACAAAAAGAUUUUAAAUUUUGACUUCAUAGCUAGCUUCUUUUUUCUAAAAAAUAUUUUACCAAAAAUUAAAAUUUUAACUGAAACGAUAGAAACACCUAAUUUAAAUAUAAUAGACUGCAUUAAUUUGAUAAAAACUACUGCCCUUAAUUUAAGAAAUACCGAUUAUAACCAUAACAGUUUAAAUAGUCUAAUUGAAAGUGCCAUAAAAUAUGCCGAAAAAUUAAAUAUUGAUCCUUAUUCUGAUUUUUCGAAAUAUCAUAGACGAAGGAUUAUGCCAAAAAAAAUUGAUGAAAAUCGUGACACUGAAGUCGAUAUGGAUUUAAAAACUUUUUAUAGGCGAGAUUUCCAGGAAAUUUUGGAUACCUUAUCAAGUGGUUUAAAUGAUAAUUUUGAGCAUAUCAAAAAAUCAAUUGAGCCACUGUAUUCAGUUUUAACAUUUCCACUUGAUAAAAGAAAUAUUACCUUAAAGAUUUUAGGUGACAUUGUUGCCAUGUUUCCUCCAGGUUCUAAAAAGCCUGAUGUCCAUUCUUUACAAGGUGAAUUAGAAGUUUUAUUUGAUAUGAACUCUGAAGUAAGUUCUUUUCCUGAACUAUUAUCUAAAGUAACCAAGUUAAAAGAUAAUUUAAAUCAAGCAUUUUGCUUUUGUAUGUUUGUAUUGACUGUACCCUAUGGUGUUUCAACCAACGAAAGGAGCUUUAGUCAAUUAAAAAUUAUUAAAAAUGUGUUAAGAACAACAAUGUCUAAUGAACGGCUUGAUAAUUUAAUGCUAUUAAAAAUGGCAAGAAGAGCGCAACGUAUUUUGGACAUGAUACCACCAAUAAAUGACCCUCGAGAUGAACAGCAAUCUUCUUCAACAAUACGACCUAGUGAACUGGAUUCAAUUGACAUCCAGACUAACAAUAUUAUUUAUCAUGAAUAUGAUGCUAAUGGCAUUAGCUCUCUACCGGACAGUCAGUUCUCUUUAGAUAUUCUGAACUCCGUUGAAAAUAAUGAAGAUAUUCAAGCAACGUCUCCAUAUCACAGAAUAUUCAAUAAACCAUCUUUAGUCAUUAAAGAAACAGACUCAGACAGUGAUUCUUCCUCUGAUGAAUCUUCUAGCUCUUCGAGCAGUCCCAGUUCUAGUUCUUCAAGUAGCUCCAGUUCUACAAAUAACCUAAAAGAUUUCUCAUCCGAUGAUAGUGUCAAAGAUCCUACGUAUGAAGAUCUAUUUUCUGAAAACCGCAAAGCCCAGUCAGAUUCCGAUGAAGAACAACAACCACAAGCACAGUUACCUGACAUUCAAGACUUUCCGCAAUCAGCCGUGGAUAACCAGAAGUUACUUAAUAUUAAUUCACCAUCACCCGGAGUUGACGAUCAGCCACCUAGCGUUGACGAGCACCCAUCUAGCAUCGGUGAGCAGUCUCCUAGUGUUGAUGAUGAAUCGCGCAGUAGGUGUCAUAAAAGAAAAGCAGAACCGCUUUUAUGGAAACGAAACCAGAGCAAGCUAUUGAAAAACAAAGAUAAAAUGAAUUCGUCAUCUGGGGUUUCAAGAGUUGUACGCUUGAAGUUGGCAGACGAAAAUAACACCGAUGCGUUGGAAACGCAUGUUCAAAAUGACCUGGCUACUAUUGAAAAGAUCAAAAUUCAAAGACUCAACUACGUUGGAGCUGAAAAAAACGAAACUGUUGUAUUUAUUGAAACUGCUGAAUCUUUGUCUCUACCAUAUCUACAACAUAUGUAUAUACAAUAG